AUGCUGUUCGAGGAAGCUGGAGUCUGAAAAUGAAACGUUGCAGCGUCGCUCCGCGGUUUUCGGUCCACUGACAGCUCACAAAAUUGAGCGAAGUCGUGGGACCUCGGGGACUUCUUGACGCUGGCAGACCUUCUGUCAAGACCCCUUCUCCGUCCAGCUCGGGUGUUCUCAGCCAUAAAGUUCAUGACGGUGGCUGACGGUGACACUUUAGCGCUCAUCAUGCCCGUGCGAGCAGAGAGCCUCAGCAGCGCGGGCUCGGCCUGCUCAUCCUCGGCCUCUCUUGUUCCCCCUGCCCCGAUCAACACCUUCCAGCCCGGGGCGGCCUCAUCGCUGCUGUACAGCGGCUCGCAGUUUCGGGGUUAUCAGAAGAGCAAAGGCAACUCCUACGACGUUGAGGUUGUUUUGCAGCAUGUGACCGUGGAGGACUCGUAUUUGUGUGGAUACCUGAAGAUCAAAGGCCUGACUGAGGAGUAUCCAACUCUCACUACAUUCUUUGCUGGUGAAAUAAUCAGUCGAAAAAGGCCUUUUUUAACCAGGAAGUGGGACGCAGAUGAAGAUGUGGACAGAAAGCACUGGGGCAAGUUCCAGCCCUUUUCCAAAUAUGCCAAAAGCUUCAACUCAGAUGACUUUGACUAUGAAGUCCUGGACAACAGCGAUUACGUCUUCAUGAGGUGGAAGGAGCAGUUUCUAGUACCAGACCACACUAUCAAAGACAUCAGCGGUGCUUCUUUCGCUGGCUUCUAUUACAUCUGUUUCCAGAAGUCCACAGCAACUAUAGAGGGGUAUUAUUAUCAUCGGAGCUCAGAAUGGUACCAGUCUUUAAACUUAAACCAUGUCCGAGAGCACAGUAUGCCUAUUUAUGAGUUUCGGUGUGGCAACGUGUCCACGCCCUUCGUCACAGAGACGUACAGAUGUGUGGCCGCCUACGAGACCAAAGACACCAAGAACAAACCUUUCAAAGUGGCGUUGAACGAACAAUUGGACGUGCUCAUCAAAGACCAAGCGGAGUGGUGGUUUGUAGAGAAUGAAGACAAGCGUAUGGCCUGGUUCCCCGCCCCCUACCUGGAAAAGCUUGAGGAGGAUGAUGACGAUGAAGAGGACAUAGAUGGGGGCCCUGAGAGGUGACUGCUGUACACUGCAGUAAAGACCUACAAGGCCACCAAAGACGACGAGAUAACUGUGGCCAUUGGUUCGGUGGUGGAGUUACUACAGAAGUCUGACAACGGCUGGUGGCUCAUCAGGUAACACACUAAAGCGGGUUACAUCCCCACCAUGUACCUGCAGCCGUACAAGUACCCCCACAUCCGCAUGACAGCCAACCAUCAGUCACGCCGCUCGUCCUCCCCACAGCCAAUGUCCAGCCUGGAACUGCAGUCCAACCAGCUCAGCCUCUCGCAAGGAAACCUGCUGCAACUUCCAACGAUAAGGUCUUCCACUCCCAAACCGAUCCAACCGGGCAGACGGGGGAGAUCGAACUCUGCGUAUAUGCUGUCCGAAAAGCCGCUGCCUGAAGCUUGCCCCGCUGCCGCCGCCAUCGCUGCCGCGGCCGCCGCCAAUGUCGCUGCCACUGCCGCCGCCGCUGCUGCCGCCGCUGCUGCCGCCGCUGCUGCCACUGGAGCUGCCAACGCUGCUGCCAAUGCCGCUGCCAAAGUUGACACCCCACCCAGGGCCAUUGUCGAGAUGGAAAAGGAGACCGGUCGCCGCACCAUGAGCCCGAGAACAGACAGUGAGGGAAGUUUUUCGAGCAACAGCGACUACAGCGAUGACCUCAAUGCUUCCUGGGCGAGCUCUACGUCCUUCAACCUCAGCCAGAGCUACAAUGAGCAACACCCAAGGUGCCGCCAAGACCGCAUGCCAAGGAGAUCCUCUCCCGGUGCACCACCAUCACCAUCAAGAACGCGGCCUAAGGCCCCCAGUCCCCCUCCAAGACAGAGAUAA